GAGCCACCAAAGAAAUGCUUUUCUUUUUUCUUGGCAGGAGGAGGAGAAUGGGAACCGAGCAGGUCCCCCCCGGAGCCGCCUGGAGCCCAUGGACACCAUCUUUGUGAAGAGCGUGCGGGAGGAUGGGGCAGCACACCAGGCUGGGCUGCGCACCGGGGACCGCCUGGUCAAGGUGAAUGGGGAGAGCAUCAUUGGCAAAACCUACUCCCAGGUCAUUGCCCUGAUCCAGAACAGUGACGAUGUGCUGGAGCUCUCCAUCAUGCCCAAGGACGAGGACAUCCUCCAGCUGGCAUACUCUCAGGAUGCCUACCUGAAGGGCAACGAACCCUACUCCGGCGGGGCACAGAGCAUCCCGGAGCCCCCUCCCAUCUGCUACCCGCGGAAGACCUACCCCUUCCAGGCACGGGGCACCGAGCCCCCCCCGGGCCAGCCGCCGGACCCCCGUGCCCAGCGCCCCUCUGCCGCGGGCUCCUCGUCCCCGCUCAGCGCAGCCGCAGCCUCCAACGCCCGCAGCGAGCCGGGCGGCAGCCCCGCACAUCGCCCCCACGAAACGCAGCCUGGAGGUCCCCCUCCGCGCCCCGCUGCCCACCACGGGCACCCCGCGGGCUCCUUCUCCCGCUCCAGCUGCUCCACCAACCUCACAUCCUCCAAACCCGACCGCUACGGGAUCCCACCUGGCACCUCCUACGGCGUCGCCAAGCACCUCCCGGAGCACCGGACUCACUGCGGCUUCAAAGAGGGCGCUGGAGGGCUGCCAGGGACUGGCCCUCAGCGUGUGCCCGGGCGGCAGGAGUGCCAGCAGGCUCUAUCCCGCUGGUUUUCCAGCCAGGAGCCCCGGCGGAGCUCGUCGGAGGAGCGGCGGCACGCCAUGCCCCCCCGCUACCGCAGCGUCUCGCAGGACAGGCUGGGGGGCUCAGCAGGGAGCCGUCGGGGCUGGCCCCACAGCGCAUCCCACGAUACCCUCCUGCAGCCCUCCCGCGAGGGCUGGGCACCCCGAGCCCGCUCCGAACACUACCUGGGCAGGUGCGGCCGCUCCAUGGAGGCGCUGGAGCCCAGCGCCCUGCUGUCCCCUCACCUCGACCGCGCCGCUUGGCCACCCGACAGGGGCUGCCGGGCAACCGUCACCAGCGCCGCUGGCGUCGUCGGGCAACCCAUCCCACACGGCUCCUUUGCACCUUCCUCUUCCUCCUCCUCCUCCUCCUCGAGGGAGCCGGUGCAGAAGCAUCCAUCCCAGCCCAACCUGCAGGAUGAGUCGGGUUACAUCGGGUACCGCAGCUACAGUCCCUCCUUCCAGCGCCGCACCGGGCUCCUGCACGCCCUCUCCUUCCGUGACCCAGCUUUCGGCGGCCUGCCCACCUUCAGCAUCUCCCAGAGGACCUCCUCUUCGCUCCCGGAAAGGGUGGUCGCCACCAUCCCGCCACCCGUCGCCACCAGCGCGGGUCCCUCGCCGGUUCACGGCUCGGCGCCGGAGAGCGGUCGGGCGCCGGAGCCGCCGGAGGAGCGGAGGGAGGAGGUGGUGCUGAGGCAGAAGCCCCCCACGGGCCGCAAGGUGCCGGUUCCCCUGCGCCAGAUGAACUUUGUCUUCCCCGAGGGGGUGAAGGGGACGGACGUUUGUGACCCUCCGCUGGUGGCUGGCAAAGGGGACAAGCCGGCAGGCGAGCGGCAGGGCUGGCGGGUGGCACCGCUGGCAGCCCCCGAGGACUCGCUGGCUUCCAUCCCCUUCAUCGACGAACCCACCAGCCCCAGCAUCGACCUGAAGGCCAAGCACGUCCCUGCCUCCUCCGUGGUCUCCAGUGCCAUGAACUCGGCGCCAGCUGUCGCCACCAGCCCCUCCUCGCCCACCUUCGCCUUUGCCCUCAGCCGCCACUACUCCCAGGACUGCAGCAGCAUCAAGGCUGGGCGUCGCUCCUCCUACCUCCUGGCCAUCACCACCGAGCGCUCCAAGUCCUGCGACGAUGGUCUGAAUGCAUUUCGGGAUGAGGGGAAGCUCCUCAGGAGGAUGCCCAGCCGAGUGCCCAGCCUCCGCAUGCUGAGGAGCUUCUUCACUGAUGGGUCUCUGGACAGCCUUGGCACCUCUGAAGAUGCCCGUUCCAAAAGACACUCAACCUCCGACCUCUCGGACGUGCCGCUGAGCGCCGUGAGGAAGGAGGGAUGGCUCCACUGCAAGCAGAUCCUCACCAAAAAGGGGAAGAAGGUCGGCGGAGGCAUCCGGCAGUGGAAGCGAGUCUUCGCCGUGCUGCGCGCUCCCUCGCUCUACCUGUGCAAGGACAGGAGGGAGGCGCCCCCCUGCGCCCCGGCCCCAGGUGAGGAGGAGCCUCCGAUCAGCAUCCGAGCGUGCCUGGUGGACAUCUCCUACAGCGAGACCAAGAGGAAGCACGUCUUCCGCCUGACGACCGCUGACUUCUGUGAAUAUCUCUUUCAGGCAGAGGAUCGGGAAGACAUGCUGGCCUGGAUCAAAGCCAUCAGGGAGCACAGCAAGGCCGAGGGCGAGGACCCCGGGUUUGCCAGCCAGGCUCUAAUCAACAAGAAGUUAAACGACUAUCGCAAAGUGAGCCCCGCGGGUGCCAAGCCCGACUCCUCGCCCAAGGGCUCUCGUGGGCUGGGCAUCCGAGCAGAGUUCCUGAAGCAGACGGGAACCAGCAUGCCCCGGGCACCCCGGCAGGAUGCGGCCGGCACGAAAGAUGAAAGCAGCUCCCAAAAAACCCCUUGGGGCAUCAACAUCAUGAAGAAGAACAAGAAACCUGCCCCCAGGGCCUUCGGCGUGAGGCUGGAGGACUGCCAGCCUGCCCCAGACAACAAGAACGUUCCUCUGAUCGUGGAGGCUUGCUGCAAGGUGGUGGAGGACCGGGGGCUGGAGUACAUGGGCAUCUACCGUGUGCCCGGCAACAACGCCGUCGUGUCCAGCCUGCAGGAGCAGCUCAACAAGGGAGCCACCGAGAUCAACCUGCAGGAUGAGAGGUGGCAGGACCUGAAUGUCAUCAGCAGCCUCUUGAAGUCCUUCUUCCGAAAGCUUCCUGAGCCUCUCUUCACUGAUGAUAAGUACAACGACUUCAUCGAGGCCAACCGCAUAGAGGAUGCCAGCGAGAGGAUGAGGACGCUGAGGAAGCUGAUCCGGGACCUGCCAGGUCACUACUAUGAGACGCUCAAGUUCCUGGUGGGGCACUUGAAGACCAUCGCUGACCACUCGGAGAAGAACAAGAUGGAACCCCGAAACCUGGCCCUGGUGUUUGGCCCCACGUUGGUGAGGACAUCAGAGGACAACAUGACCGACAUGGUGACGCACAUGCCCGACCGCUACAAGAUCGUGGAGACCCUCAUCCAGCACUCGGACUGGUUCUUCAGUGACAAGGAGGACAAGGGGGAGAAGACCCCCGUGGAUGAGAAGGAGGCUCAGUCAGUGCCCAACAUCGAGUACCUGCUGCCCAACAUCGGCAGGACCGCGGCUCCCGGCGAGGCUGCAGGCUCGACCCGCAGCGGCUCUGCCAAACCCAAGGGCACGUGGCCGUCGCGGAAGGUGUCCCCACACCGGGACCUCCUCGCCAUCCCCUUCGUCUCGGCCGCUGCCCGCAAGAGGAAGAAGAGGAGAGAGGCCGAAGGCAUCGGGAGCAGCACCGACGAUGACUUGGAGCGCAGGGACACCCUCGGCCAGGAGCAGGAGGACGAAGGGACCGCGGCCACCCCACUGGGACCCAGCCAAACCCCCCGCGGCACCGGUGCCGAGCUGGCGGUCCCCAACCCAGCCGGGAUGGAGCUGGAGAGCUCCCUGGAGCGCUGCAGGAGCUCCGGGGCGGAUCCGGCGCCGGAUGCCCGCUCCAUCGUGUCCGGUUACUCCACCUUGUCCACCAUGGACCACAGCCUCUGCUCCGAGGUGCAGUCGGUGGCUGGGAGCCGUGGGGAGGAAGCUGAUGAUGAACGCAGCGAGCUCAGCCACAUGGAGACGGACACGGAGAGCCGGGAAGGUGCCCAGCCUCGACCCGGGCAGCUGGCUGGAGGAGGAGGAGGAAGAGGAGGAGGAGGAGGAAGAGUCGUCGAGCCAGGAGAUGAUGCUACGGUGCUCCUCAGCCGCCCGUCCUUCAGCUCCCACCGCCUGAUCCAGUGCGACUCCUUGGCCCGGAGGAGGCUGGGCAGAGCCCGGGAGAGUUCGGGGUCCACGGAGGAGGAGCAGCAGCAGCAGCAGCAGCAGCAGCAGCAGCAGCAGCAGCAGGGUUGGGCGGCCCUCGGCAGACCCUCGCUGAAGGAGCAGCUGCGGCAGCGCCUGCGGGGCUCAGCCGACGACCUGGGGGUGCGCUUGCGCCGUGCCCACUCCCCCGACAGCCGCCGCAGGAGGAGCAGCUGGCGCCGCCACACCGUGGUGGUGCCCGGGGGGCUCAAAGACCUCAACUUCAACGAGUGGAAAGAACCGAGGGGGGAACUGGAGGUGCUGCCAGGACCCUGCCGGGAUAAGGACUCAGGGCUCAGCAGCUUGGAGUCUACCAAAGCUCGGCCGCUGGCACCCAACCCAGCGCCACCUGGCGCUGCCAGGGAGAUGGGCACCAAGAGCCCUCCUGGGCAGCCUCGGCCCCCCAAUCCCUCUGCGCUCCCCUCCAUGUCUCUGACCUCCUGAGGUGCCCCUCCCCAGGCUCCUCCCCUAUCAAAACGAGGUUUAAUUUAAGGACACCCCCCCCCCCCCC